CUCCCGGGGAAAAAGAAACAAAUAAAGUCCAAUAAAAGCUCCUGUCUCUGUAACGCUCUGCUUUUCUGCUACAAACACAAAUUACAAAAGUUUCCGUUUCCAGAUCCCAUUCUCUACGCUCAGACAAAGGCACACAGACACAGCACCAACCAAAAUUAGGGUUUCUUUUUAUUUAAUUAUUUGAAUUUUUUUUUUUGAAAAACAAAUUGAGAAGAGUCAAUGCAAUAUAUGAGUGGGUUUGAUGUGGUCAGAGCGUAACAGCAGGUGGUGAAGAAAUUCAACAAUGUCGUCAAUGGCGGCUCCUCGGAGCGCGAUGGGCGAGAGCGUGAGGAUAGUGUUGAGAGACGAAGAUGAAGAGAAUGGGGACGACUCGCCCUCCGCCAAGAGGCCUAAAUUGGACCGAUUCCCUUUGACUCGAUGGGAAAUCGUUGCUUCUCUCUCCGUCUUCUUCAUCUUCUCCGCUGGCCUCUUUUGCGUCUACCUCACCAUGCCUGCGGCGGACUUCGGGAAGCUUAAGCUGCCUCGCUCCAUUUCCGAUCUUCGCUUGCUCAAAGAUCAUCUGGGAUCCUAUGCUAAAGAUUAUCCAGCUCAAUUCAUUCUGGGUUACUGCUCCAUUUACAUCUUCAUGCAGACAUUUAUGAUUCCUGGAACAAUUUUCAUGUCUUUGUUAGCUGGAGCUCUUUUUGGUGUCAUUAGAGGCCUUCUCUUAGUUGUUCUCAAUGCUACAGCUGGAGCAUCAUCCUGCUACUUUUUGUCUAAGUUAAUUGGCAGGCCCAUAGUUAGUUGGUUGUGGCCUGAAAAGUUGAGAUUCUUCCAAGCAGAGAUAGCUAAACGUAGAGAUAAGCUGCUGAAUUACAUGCUCUUUCUAAGGAUAACUCCGUCGUUGCCCAACCUUUUCAUUAAUUUGGCAUCUCCCAUUGUUGAUAUACCAUUUCAUAUAUUCUUUUUGGCUACCUUGAUUGGUCUUGUUCCAGCAUCCUAUAUCACAGUCAGAGCUGGUCUUGCUCUUGGGGAUCUCAAGUCAGUCAAGGAUCUAUAUGAUUUUAAAACUUUGUGUGUUCUUUUCCUCAUUGGUUUCAUCUUCAUUUGCCCUGCCCUUUUGAAGAGGAAGAAAAUAUAUGAAUGAAGGUUUCAUCAGGAAGGGCCCCCCUUACAUUCUUUGGUUGUAAGUUUGAAGAGGAAGCAAAACCUGAGAAUAUUGGUGGGGCCCGUCCCAUCUCCCUGUUGAAGUUUGAAGAGGAAGCAAACAGUAGAAUUUGGUGGGGGUCCCAUCUCAUCUUCCUGUCGAAGGCAUCUUAAAUUAUGAACCCCUAGCUAUGAAUUAUGAUGAUUAGGCCAAAACUUAUUAUUCGAAGUAAAGAAUGUCAAAUGAAAAUUGAAUUUAGUAUAGGCUCCACAAAGUUUCAAUUCUUUGGUUAAAAUUAUGGAGUCAUUUAAGAUUUGGAAAGAUGAGCAAAAUGAUGUUUUAAUGGUUAUGCACAUGUAAUUUAAUACAGAUGUUGGGAAUUGGCAUGGCCUUGUAUUUUUGUUUUGCGAUUAAAUAACAAAAUCCUGUAGUUUACAGUUA